GUUUCAUUUUAACGAGGGAGGUUGUUGCAUGAUAUUUAAAAUCUGAUUAAUUUGACUCGACGGAACACCAUGAAAUCGGAUUGUAUUUUAAUUUACGCACUGGCUACGACCUACAAGACGUAUAAUUAUACCCAAUCGCCUUACUUGGCUUCAGCUUCAAAUCAUGAUAUAAAAGCCCACAUGACCAAUUUCAUCCAUAGUGUACCACAGAUUCUAUCGAGAAGGAAAAAUAAUCAGUCAAGUUGAAUACAAAUUGAAAAAGAUGACCGACAAAAAAUUUAUGGAUUUAAAAAUCAGGACAUGGUUUAAAAUGAACAAUAUCAAAGGAAACGGAAGAAUGGGCAAAACCGAUUUCGAAGAAAUAGCAGACAUUUUCAAACGUGAAUAUGAACUAAAAGAUCCACAAUAUUCGCUAUUGAAGAAAUGGUUGUGUGAAGGAUGGGAUAUUUUAGUGAAGGAGGGAGAAGAUUUGGCAAAUUCUGGCAAAAAUGGCGGAUUGACGUCUGCUAACGCAGCGUCGGUUUUCGACGUUUCCGAAACCUUGAAUAGAGGCGAAGCAAUAACAGAGGAUCAGUAUGCCAAUGCGUUUGAACAACUCGUUGAAGUGAACCAAGGUCUGUUUCAAAAUAAUUUUGAAAUGAUGGUGGGUUCAUUUUUUGACAUUUAUGAUACCGACAACGACGGAAAGAUAACUGCAGACGACAUGGUUCGAGGUUUACGUUGUCUUGGAAUUCAACAAGAUGAAGCUGUGAAAAUGAUGUUUGCUAAUAUAGACACAGAAAAAAGGGGGAAUAUAACAAAAUCAGUUUAUGUGGGUGAAUGGGUUGAGUUUAUGCUUGGAACUCGUAAGGAUGGAGCCAUUGCUAGCGUUUUGUGUCGACAGUAAAUUACUUUAACGGUUUGACUUUGUUAAUUUUCAAAUUGUAUGUAUAGUAAUUUGUGUUUAUAUGAAUUGUA